UUGCAUUUACUGAAAUGCACAAGACUGCUAAAGGAUAAAGGUUAAUUCAAACAAAAUAAAAGCUCUGUAAGAUCAUGGAAAGCUCCCAACACUACACAGGGUACUCUUGCACAAGCGAUCAAUUUGAAGCUGUAGAGAUAAUGGAAAUUAAAGCAAGAUCCAGUCAAUUUAGGCAUUCUUAGCACAGCUUUGCCAUGGACUGGGAUAUGAAUAAUUCCACUGAUUACUGGAUUGAGGAUGAGGAGCACGAUCCUGACUUCAUUAUAGAUUACAAUAUGUAUGAGCUUCUCUGUGAAAAAAGUGAUGUGAGAAAUUUCAGUAAAUUAUUCCUCCCUGUGUUUUAUACAUUGGCUUUCACUAUUGGAGUGGCUGGAAAUUCAUUAGUGGUGGCAAUUUAUUCCUAUUGCAAGAAACCGAAGACCAAGACGGAUGUGUACAUCAUGCACCUAGCCAUUGCUGAUUUGCUCUUGCUCUUCACACUCCCUUUUUGGGCUGCAAAUGCAGUGCAGGGAUGGGAACUAGGAAACUUUAUGUGCAAGCUCACUUCUUCCCUGUACACCAUGAAUUUCAGCUCUAGCAUGCUGUUCCUGGCCUGUAUCAGUGUGGAUAGAUACAGGGCCACUUCUGAAUCCCAGGGUCACAGAAGAGCUGGGAAACACUGCAGUGUUACCUGCACCUGCGUCUGGCUGGCUGCCAUUUUCCUCAGCAUCCCUGAACUGAUAUUUAAUCAAGUCAAGAAACACAAUGACAGGAAUCAAUGCCUUCCUGUAUUUCCAAUGAACAUGGAAACAGUCUUGAAAGCAACCAUUCAAAUCCUGGAAAUUAUCCUGGAAUUUGUGCUUCCUUUCCUAGUCAUGCUGGUAUGCUACUCAGCCACUGCUCGAGCAAUCUUCAGAUCUACAAAUGCUAAAAAAUCUAGACCAUUCAUGGUUCUGCUGGCAGUAGUGGCUACUUUCAUUAUCACCCAGCUACCUUACAACAUUGUCAAGCUCUGGCGAGCCAUAGAUAUCAUCUACAUGUUGAUCACUGACUGUGAUGUAAGCAAAACCCUAGAUGUUGCACUCCAGGUCACCAAGAGCAUAGCUUUGUUUCACACCUGCCUGAACCCUCUUCUCUACGCCUUUCUGGGUGCAUCUUUUAAAAUGCAUAUUGUGAAAAUUGCAAAAAAUUAUGGACACUGGAGAAAACAACAGAACAGAAGACCUGAAGAAAUUUCUAUGAAUUUUGAAGAACAUACUGAAGAAACAAUUAGUUUCACUAUAUAGACCCUCCAUUACUUUCAUUAUCUCAUAUAACCAAUGGAUAUUAUUUACCAAUUCUGGGGGUAUCGUUUCAGCAGCUGUUUCUCUGCAAGUCAGCUUUCAUAUUAAUUCCUGAAUCUGCAGACUAGCCAAGACACUAUGGUGCAAUUCAAAGUGGAACAAGUUGAGCAAAAUUAAGUAUCAGGCAAGAACUGAAUACUGAAAUCCCUAGAAACAACUAGCAGUAUUUACUAAAAAAAAAAAAACAAAAACAAAACAAACAAAACAUCAAAAACCAUUUAAACAAACAAAAACUCAACAAAAAAACCCCACCAAAAAACCCACAACAGGACCCAAACACCUAAAAAUCCCCCAGAUUUAAAUUUGAAAAGAUCACAGUACUAGGCAAGUAAAUAAGUGUGUAAUGAACAACCUGAGUAUGUCUAAACAUAAAACACAAGCAGAAAAAAAGCCAUCAGCAGUAAAACAGUAGUACAGGAACAUUUGUACCAGAAGUUAAUAAUCUUUUCUUUUGUUUUUCUACAACUAUUUAGUAAAUCAUUAGAGCAUUUGCUUCUGAAGGCAGUUCCAUUUUUUUCCUCAGCUAGCAUUCCAUAGAUAUCCUUGCAGCUUGAAAGGAGGCAUCAGUUAAUGGUUGAGAACUGAGACAGACAAGGGGGGGUAGAAAGCUAUUCCCUGUGUAUUUAAACAUAUGUAUAACACACUCCACAAAAUACAGUAACUCCUCUGUAUCUACAAAAAAUGACCUUUCACCUCUCCUUUUCUGCUCAACCUCAACAAGCCCAGUGCCUUAUGGGAGGCACACUCCAGAUCUCUGUAAAUGUCAUGCCAAGUGUAAAUGCCAAAAUAGUGUAGACAAAGCAUUAGCAGAAAUGUAAGAAAAAGUUAAUCUUCAGACACAGGGCCUGGAAUUUCUAGUCAGGAUUCAUAAAAUGAAUCAAACACUGCAAUAACAGUAUCUGCUAAAAUAUAUGGAGAUACAAUAAAAUUAUAUAAAAUGUG